AGUGCGGUGUGUGAAACGGCACCAGGGUGUUCAGAGAACGUCAGAUCACACCAGUCUGAGAGAAGAAGAAAGCAGACUGAAAGAAGAGAGAAACUGCAGACACAACAGAUGAGCUGCACACACCAGCGGAGCUUUUACUUCAGCACAAUCCCACACAGAGGAUCAUGGGAAUGUUCAGAAAUGAUCGCCGAAGGAUUAUUCAAUCUUCAUUUGCUGCUUUAAUAUCUGAAGACUCUUGUCUGAUCACUCUCAGAACUCCUCCAAAAACCAUCUUUGAUCAAGCAACUCUUUCAUCCUCAUUUCAAGAAUCUAAAGAACGAAUCACCGGAUGCAAAAACUCCCAAUAAGCAACCUGUAAGGUCAAACGACGUAUUUUUGUUAUUGAAUAAUGAGUAACGCAGCUAAUAGCAGCUCCACGGCUGGAGUUGCAGGAGUAGUUUGGGUUACUCCACUCCUUGGUGCAACCCUCGUCACCAUGUGUGUUUUGGGAUUGACUGGCAACCUCUACACCCUCGCCAUCAUGCGUUCAGCAACUUUACGGCGCGCUGGAUCAAUGUACGUCUUCAUCCUCAACCUCGCCACAGCAGAUCUGCUCUAUCUGGGCACCAUCCCAUUCGUAGUCUGCACUUACUUUGCGCACGAUUGGUUUUUCGGGGAGAUGGGCUGCAGGGUGUUGUUGAGUUUGGAUCUGCUUACGAUGCACGCAAGCGUGUUUGUUUUGGUUGCGAUGAGUUUGGAGCGCUACCGUGCAGUCGCCGCACCUUUUCGAGCCCGUCUUUCGACCGCUCGUGGACACUGGAUGAUGGCGUUGGGAAUUUGGCUUGCUGCUUUUGUGUUAACUCUUCCAAUGAUGGUCAUGAUUCGUCUUCGAGAGGGACGUCCUGCGACUGUUGGACUUGUAAAGCGGAUUUGCUUCCCAACUUGGACUCCGGAAGCGUUUAAAGCAUAUCUGACGGCACUCUUUUUUACUAGCAUGCUUUUACCUGGUCUUCUCAUGGUUGGUCUUUACGCUGGUUUGGCUAGACAUUAUUGGGCCGCCCAAUCCAACCUCGCCCGAGGAUCCGCAUCUUCUUUUCGAAGGCGUAGAUUGAAGCAUAAAGUCGUAGGGAUGAUCUUCUGCAUCGUGGUGGCGUACUGGGCUUGUUUUCUGCCGUUUUGGGGUUGGCAGAUGGCGAAGCUUUUCUCAUCAGAGUCUUUACGCUCGCUGUCGCCCGCUGCUCAUACUUAUGUUAACUUUUUUGUCACCUGUUUGACGUAUGGGAAUAGUUGCGUGAACCCGUUGCUUUAUACACUUCUAACACGCAACUAUCGAGAUUAUUUAGCCCAGAGAGGGCAAUCCUCUGGGUCGAGUCGAGUGGAUCAGGGGUCAGCCGCCGGGGUCAACAUGAUCCACGAUCAAAUCGGAUGAGUUAAGGAGUUUAUGUUGCUUUACCAGUGCCUGCAUUUCCCAGUCUCUUCAGCAUUUUGCUGAUUCUGUUCAAAUUUGGCUACUAAAAUAAGCUCAACAUAAGCUCAAUGGGAAAAUGUGCCCUGGUGUACAUUUCUGAGAACCGAGAAAUAUGGCCGGAACAUAUGGCUGCAUUUUAUAUGUAAAACGAAUGAUACAGGUGCCUCCGUAUAGGCACUGAAAAAAAGGCUUUUCGAUUUAAGAAUUUGUAGAUAUUUGGACUAGAAACUCGAAGUAAGAACAGCAGUUUUUGCAGUGUUUCAAAGAGAUUCAGACCUUGCUUACACAUGUAAUGUUAGUAUCCUCAACUUGUGAUUGGAUUUAAGAAAGAACUUC